AUGUUUUAUGCAGCUUUGGAGCAGACCUUCAUCCUUGAUGUGCAGCAGCUGUGUGGCAGUGGGUUCCUGGUAAAGUUGGCUUUGCUGUGGCCCAUCCUUCCUGUUUGCAUUGAGAUUCAGGAUAAAAUACACAGACAUUCUAACCCUGCCCUCCCCUCUGCCUCUCCAGCGGAUGCAGUGGUGCAGUAUGACGUGGAGCUGGUUGCACUGAUCCGAGCCAACUACUGGCAAAAGCUGGUGAAGGGCGUUUUGCCUAUGGUAGGCAUGGCUAUGGUGCCAUCCCUCCUGGGCCUCAUUGGUUAUCACUUGUACCAAAAGGCCAAUAAACCCAAAGUCUCCAAAAAGAAGCUCAAAGAAGAGAAACGAAACAAGAGUAAAAAUAAAUAAAUAGUAAUUU